AUGCCUCCCAAGAAGGUUGACCAGCCUAAGAAGAAGAAGGCUACCGUUGAGGAUAAGUCCUUUGGUAUGAAAAAUAAAAAAGGUGGUGCCGCCAAGAAGCAGAUCCAACAGUUGCAAGCACAGGCAGCAAGCAACAAGAACCUAGACGAAAAGAGGAAGGCCGCCGAAAAAGAAAAACGCGAGGCUGAGAAGCGGGCCGCUGAGCAGGCCAGGAAAGAGAAUCUUGAGCUGUUCAAGCCCGUGCAGGUUCAGAAAGUCGCCUUCGGUGUCGACCCGAAGACUGUCCUCUGUAUCUUCUUCAAGCAAGGACACUGCGAGAAGGGCCGGAAGUGCAAAUUCUCGCACGAUCCCAAUGUCGAGCGCAAGGCAGCCAAGAAGGAUCUGUACACUGAUACUCGUGAUGAGAAGGCCGAGGAGGAAGCGAAGAAACAAAAGGAUACCAUGGAUGAAUGGGACGAGGAGAAGCUGCGCAGUGUCGUUAUGAGCAAACACGGAAACCCGCGCACAACAACCGACAAGGUGUGCAAAUUCUUCAUCGAGGCAGUGGAGAACCAAAAAUACGGUUGGUUCUGGACUUGUCCGAACGGAGGAGACAAGUGCAUGUACAAGCACAGCUUGCCGCCAGGAUUCAUCCUGAAGACCAGGGAGCAGAGAGCCGCCGAGAAGGCCCUCAGGGAUAAAUCACCCUUAAAUACCCUCACCCUAGAGGACUGGUUGGAUUCGGAGCGUCACAAGUUGACCGGUACCCUAACUCCCGUCACCCCAGAGACCUUUGCCCAGUGGAAGAAGGAGCGUCUGGACAAGAAGGCUGCUGAGCAGCAAGCACAGCAGGCUAAGGAGGCCACUGGUCGUACACUGUUCGAGAGUGGCAACUGGGCCGAUGAGGACAGUGAGCCUGAGGAGGGCGAGGAUGAAAGUGGAACCUGGAACUUGUCAGUUAUGCGGAGAGAGACCGAGAGACUGCGCGAACUGAAGGAGGAGGAACGUCUUCUCAAGGCCAAUGGUGGGGAGCUGCCCACCAUUACUCCUCAAGCUGCUGGUUGA